CUCCUCUCCCGUACCUUCAUUUGAACCAAACUAACGUUUGCUAUAGAAAAUUUUUAGUUUGGUUAUCUCUCUCCUUUUAUAGUGUGUUUGAGAUUUCUGGUUCUUUCUAUUCCAUGAUUCGGCAGAGAUCGCCGAGUUUCUCCCCUCUUAGCUAUUUGUUCGGUGUAACGGUUUAAUAUCCGCCAUUUACACACUUUAACACGUAGUAGUUGUUACUCCCUUCGUUCCACAAUCAUAUCUUGUUGUUUCGGUUUUGACUCGACCGAUACAGAUCUGUAUCGGCCGAGAUUGAGGAGCCAUGCCGGCACCGCAAUCAGCAAUGUUUAUAUGACCUUACGCACCUUUUUCCAACCCAUAAUCACGACAGAUUCAAGACAGUUGCACCCUCUUCGUAGGAAUAAUGGAACCCGAUGUGUGCAUCGAAACCAGCAGUAUGAUCCGAGUGGCGGUCCUCCCGAUCGCGUCCAUUCCCCCGCUUCUCUUCCGGGACUAUGCUGCGAUGCUCCUUCGCCACGAUACCGUAUCCCUCAACGCCAUCAGCUCGUUCUACACUGAACACCAGAAAUCCCCUUUCGCCCACCAGCCAUGGGAAUCCGGCAGCCUACGCUUCAAGUUCAUACUAGGUGGAUCGCCGCCGUCUCCGUGGGAGGAUUUUCAGUCACACCGCAAGAUCCUCGCAGUUAUUGGUAUUUGCCAUUGCCCUUCCUCUCCCGAUCUUCGCUCCGUCGCAAAUCAGUUUGCAACCGCUUGCAAGGGUUAUUCGUCCUCACUCGUUCAGCGCUGCUUCGCCUUCUGCCCAGGGGAUUCUCAGCUUGAAGAGGAGAGUUUCAAAGGGAGUAACUUAUUAUUGUUCCCACCAGCCGAUCGUCAAACACAAGAAUUUCAUUUGCAAACAAUGGUGCAAGAUAUUGGUGCCUCAUUGUUGAUGGAAUUUGAGAAAUGGGUUCUCCAAGCUGAAUCUGGUGGGACAAUUUUGAAGACCCCUCUUGAUUCUCAAGCCAGUCUUAGCUCAGAGGAGGUGAUUAAGGCAAAGAAACGCCGGCUUGGUCGUGCACAGAAAACCAUUGGAGACUACUGCUUGUUGGCUGGAUCACCUGUUGAUGCCAAUGCUCAUUAUACUACUGCGCUGGAUCUUACUAGGUUGACUGCUGAUUUUUUUUGGUAUGCUGGAGCAAUGGAAGGAAGUGUUUGUGCAUUGCUGAUGGAUCGUAUGGGUCAGUUGAAUCCAGUCUUAGAGGAUGAAGUUAAGUACCGUUACAACAGUGUCAUUCUGCACUACAGAAAAUCUUUUAUACAAGAUAAUGCCCAAAGGGUUUCACCAUUGAGCUUUGAACUUGAAGCCACAUUGAAGUUAGCAAGAUUUCUGUGCAGACGAGAGCUAGCAAAGGAAGUCGUGGAGUUGUUGACUGCUGCUGCUGAUGGUGCAAUAUCUUUGAUUGAUGCCAGUGAUAAAUUAGUUGUGUACAUUGAAAUAGCCCGGCUCUUUGGUGCACUUGGUUAUCAUCGAAGAGCUGCCUUUUUCUCAAGACUGGUGGCUCAGUUGUACUUGCAACAGGAUAAUAAACUUGCUGCUAUCAGUGCUAUGCAAGUCCUGGCCAUGACAACAAAAGCAUAUCGUGUACAAAGUCGAGCAUCGAGUGAACCCUCUAAUGAUGCUAGACAAACUUCUACUGAUGGGGGAAAGAUGCAUCACCACUCAAUAGUGUCCUUGUUUGAAUCACAGUGGAGCACCUUGCAAAUGGUUGUUCUGAGAGAAAUACUUCUAUCUGCAGUUCGUGCAGGGGAUCCUCUUGCUGCCUGGAGUGCUGCUGCACGUCUAUUGAGGUCUUAUUAUCCACUGAUCACACCUGCUGGGCAAAAUGGCCUGGCCAGUGUGCUUGUGAAUUCAGCGGAAAGACUUCCUUUGGGAACUCGGUGUGGUGAUCCAGCCUUGCCCUUCAUCAGGUUGCACUCAUUUCCUUUGCACUCAUCACAAACGGAUAUAGUAAAGCGAAACCCAUCUCGAGAUGAUUGGUGGGUUGGGUCUGCUCCAUCAGGGCCUUUUAUUUAUACGCCUUUCAGCAAGGGAGAACCAAGUCAUAGCACUAAGCAGGAGAUAACCUGGGUUGUUGGCGAACCAGUUCAAGUGUUGGUGGAACUAGCAAAUCCAUGUGGUUUUGAAUUGAUGGUCGACAGCAUUUAUCUGUCAGUGCAUUCGAAGAAUCUGGAUGCCUUUCCUGUAAGUGUCAAUCUCCCUCCGAAUUCCUCAAAGGUGAUAACGUUAUCCGGUAUACCAACCAAGGAGGGUCCAGUUACUAUUCCUGGAUGCAUAGUUCACUGUUUUGGUGUCAUCACUGAACAUAUAUUCAAGGAGGUUGAUAAUCUUCUUAUUGGGGCAACUCAAGGGCUUGUGCUUUCUGAUCCUUUUAGGAGCUGUGGUGCUGCAAAGUUAAAAAAUGUACCAAUACCUAAUAUUAUGGUGGUAUCAUCACUGCCGUUGUUGGUAUCUCACAUUAUAGGUGGUGGUGGCUCCACUAUGUUAUAUGAAGGCGAGAUUCAUGAUGUAUGGCUUAGUUUGGCUAAUGCAGGUACUGUUCCAGUUGAACAGGCACAUAUCUCAUUGUCAGGGAAAAACCAAGACUCUGUUGUAUCUGUUGCUUCAGAAACUCUGAAAUCAGCCCUCCCUUUAAAACCUGGUGCAGAAGUUACAGUAUGUAUAACCUUGAAAGCUUGGCAGUUUAGCAUGAUGGAUUCUGACCCUACUUCUAGCAAGGGUGUCCUUGGGACUUUAGGGAAACAAGCCAAGGAUGGUAGUGGGCCAAUGCUGCUGUUCCACUAUGCAGGUCCGUUGGCAAACUCCGGCGAGCCACACAUGGGAUCUGUACCACCUCCUGGCAGACGUUUGAUCAUACCUUUAAACAUUUGUGUUUUGCAGGGCCUGUCUUUUGUAAAGGCUCGUCUGCUCUCAAUGGAAAUUCCAGCUCACAUUGGUGAAACUCAGACCAAGCUAUUACAAAUGGAAAAUGAUCAUUCGGAGAAGGCCAAUAGCUCAGAGAGACAAGCUGAUAAGUACAUGAAAAUUGAUCCUAACAGGGGUAGUUGGGGGGUGCGCUUUCUUGAAUUAGAGCUGUCUAACCCAACCGAUGUUGUCUUUGAGAUAUGUGUUUCGGUUGACAUGGAGAACAACCCGAAAAUCAGUGACAAGGAGAGCCUCUCCUACUGUACCUGUGCAGAAUUUGGUCAUCGAAAAACUAGGAUUGACAGGGAUUAUACUGCUAGGGUAUUAAUACCUCUUGAACAUUUUAAGCUACCCAUUCUAGAUGACUCCUUUUUCUUUGAUGGUUCACAGAUCAGUGGGGCCAGUCGAAGUUCUGGCUUAUCAGAAAAGAGUAUUAAGGCUGAGCUUGGGGCAUCUAUUAAAAAUUUGAUUUCUAGAAUUAAUGUCAGGUGGCAAUCUGGACGCAAUAGUUCUGGUGAGUUAGAUAUCAAGGAUGCUAUACAGGCUGCACUGCAGGCGUCUGUUAUUGAUGUUCUACUGCCAGACCCCCUGACGUUUGGCUUCCAGCUUGCUGGAAGUAGUGCAGAGCAGUCUGCAGAUAUAAACUUGCGAGAAACAGCAGACUCGCAUGUCAAUUAUUGCGAGACUGGAGGCGCCAUCCUCGCGCAUAACAUGACUCAUAUGGAAGUGAUUGUGCGCAACAACACCAAGGAAAUUAUUAGGAUAAGCCUUAGUAUCACAUGCAAAGAUGUGGCUGGUGAGAACUGCAUCGAAGGCGACAAGGCAACUGUUCUGUGGGAAGGUGUGCUGAGUGAUAUCACCAUGGAGGUCCCUCCCCUGGAAGAGACUAGGCAUGCUUUCUCUCUGUAUUUCCUGAUACCAGGGGAGUACACACUGCUGGCUGCCGCUGUGAUCGAAGAUUCUAAUGAGAUUCUUAGAGCACGGGCAAGAACUAAGCUAUCGAAUGAACCGAUCUUCUGCCGUGGACCACCCUUCCAUGUACGAGUGAGCGGUGAUGCGUGAAUUGUGCUGGGCCUUUAAGCCCGGAUACUGCGCAGUUAUUUGCGAGCCUCCUACGUAGGCCAGUUUGACUCCACCCCCUCUGUUGUGAGCGUAUAGUGGUGGAAUGUGAUUCUUUUUCUAAGAGAAUGUCAUCUUUGUAUUCGAACCAAGCAAGCAAGCAAGCAAAAUAGUCAUCUUCUUUCAUCGGAA